AUGAUUCAGUGUCAAGACCACGCUUCCCGACGUAUGUCUGAGAUGAAAAAACAGAUAGCCAUGGAACAGCAUGCAAAGACAGACCUGAUGGUGAAAGUCAACCAGGAAAUAGAGGACAAAGUAGAGAUUAUAGAACUCCUGAAAGAGAGCAAAGAACAGCAAGCGGCUAUGCUCACCGAUAAAGCAUGCAUUGAGCGAGAAUUGAGGGAACUGCAGGCCCAGUUUCAAAAACUGCAGAGUUCCAUCGAGAGUAAAUUACAGCAGCAGGUACAACAGGCACGGGAGAUGAUAGAACAGUUAAAGAAAGACAGACAGAUAGCUAUUGCAGAGAUGAAGCAGCAAGUGCAUGAGGAGAUGGAGACAUUAGAUGGAGAAAUCUUAAGGUCAAGGUCAGAGGCACAAUCACUUGGUCACGAAAACAUGCAGCUGAAGAAAUGCAUUGAACGGUUGGAGAAAGCUUCAACAAAUCAGUUGGAGAAAGCCCGAGUAAAUCAGUUGGCGAAAGCUCGUGCAAUCUUCAAGCGUUUGAAAGCAGAGAAGUCAGAGGCCAUUGCUAAGAGGAAGUCGAGACUGACGGAGAACAAUAUGAAAGUGGAGAAGGAGAACCUGCAGAAGCAUGGCAAUGACUUCCAGAAUAGGGAACGAGAAAAUAACCAACUGCAAACGAGACUGGCACAAAGUGAGGAAAAUUUCAGAAAGAUGAAUGAACAACACAACCACACAAUUCUGGAUAGAAGUGAGUUGGAUAUGUUGGUCCAUCAGAUGCAGGUUGAGGCCGAUAGACAGAAGGAGGAAUACGAGAGACCGGUAGGUGAAGCUGGUCACAUGUCAGAUGCUAGUCUUGCCCAGUUGGCUGCGUACCAUGAGAAAUAUGAAGCUGAGAUGCAGACUCAGCCUCAGACCAGUGCGCAGGAGAAGGCUGAAGAACAUGUAGCAGACCAUCAGGAGGUAGUCAGUGGAUACAAGGCUCAGAUAAAGGCUGCUAGUGGAGACCAAGCGAGAGUCAGUGAGUCAGCCAGUCAGGCCACUGAGUUACAGAAGGCUCCGGAAGGGGGGCAAGUGCAGUUGGACAAACUCAUCAUCACACUGAACAUUCCCAGAGCAGACCUCUUUCUCAAAGAGCAAGAGCUGGAGCAAAGUAGCAUGAAGUUCAGGACAAAGAUGGUUAAUCAUAGGGCAGGUGCAAAGAAUGGCAAUCAUGAUGUUUUGGCAAGGGAAACCAUCGUGGGUGAGUGUAACAAGUAUCACCUGGAUCUUGAUUUGGAGGACGUAGAUGAUGUGAUCCUCUUAACAAAAACAUGGAAUAAAGGACAUGACAAGACUAGGGAAAUAUGGGAUCCGGGUAUAGUCAAUACGAAGGAGGUUAUAAACAAGGUGGGUGAUCCGGUCUAUAUGCUGGAUAUUUCACACUAG